AUGAGCAAACAUACCACAACCCCCACCUCCAAGACUAAGCCUAAGCACAGAAAGCGAGAGGAAAGAUCAACCUCGAUGGAGACUGAAUGCAUCACCGACCCCCUCGCCGUCUUUGACGAUCCAGUCAGCGAGGUCGAUACACACUCUGUGGUUUAUCCUUCCACACCCCCGGGCCCUGCAAAUAAUGCAUUCCGCGAGAAUAUGGACUCUGAGCCCUCUUUGCCUGCUCUGAUUGCCAACGUCUCCACGUCCGACCCAACAAGCCCUGGGGCUUCGGUCGUCGACUCCGACUACGAGAGCCCCUCGAGCGAGUAUGGCUUGCCGCAGCAGCCGCACAGCACCGACGCCCAGCAAUCACAAGCCUGCAACUGUUCUGGUUAUUACUGCUACAGCAGUGAUCUCGCUGAAACUCAGUCCGCUGCACUGGAUGAUGAUCUUAGCAGCGAUCUCUCACUGGAUGAUGACCUUAGCAGCGAUCUCCCAGAACCUUUGCUUGACAAUGAUUCUAGUGAGCUCAGCUCGCCGCCUCCCCUUAGCGAUGAUGCGCUCCCAAUCGAGAACGGCGGGGAUCGGGUGGCAGUCCCUCUGUCGUCAAGCAGCGAGCUUAGUGAUCUCAGUAGUGAGACUGGGCGACUCAUGGAGGCCGAGGACGUUCUGGUGCUGGCAUCCUCACCGGCUGUCUCUUCGCCGCUGGUUUCCUCACCGCUGCCGGUUUCCUCGCCCCUGCCGAUUGCCCCGCCAAAUAUUCCGUCCGCGGCGACUAAGAGAAAGGCUACGACUACCUACGGUGCAGGGAACAGGAUUCUUCACGGUGCCAAGAAACAGAAACUGGUCUCUGGAGGGAAGAAUAGGGAUUGA